AUGAGUCCUUCUCUUCUCAGCACCUUUUCGGCGCUUUUACUUGCUUCUUCCCUCUUACUUCCUGUAAAUGCCGCGGCGCAGUCUUACAACCUCACCCAGGAGGCCAUCAACAACGGCGACGCCCUCGCUCAACUUGCGGCAAAGGCUCUCGCCAAUUCCAAAGCCCCUACACCAACGACGCUUCCCGCAGAGCAGCGAAGAGCGUUUGUAGCCGCCAUCGAGUGUAUGCAGAGUUCCCCGAGCUUGUAUAAGCUGGGAGUGAUGCCUGCUGCGAAAACGUUGUAUGACGACUUUGUGGCUAUCCACCUCAAGCAGACUCCUGUCAUUCACAGAACGGCCAACUUCCAGCUCUGGCACCGCCUGUACACCGAUGUGUUUGAGCAAAAGGUCCGCGAAUGCGGUUAUACUGGCACAUUCCCCUUCUGGGAGUGGGGUCACGAUGCUCAAGACCCUGCCCUAUCACCCGUCUUUGACGGAUCAGACACUUCCAUCGGCAGCAACGGCGCCUUUGUUCCCCAUGACGGUCUCGAGAUUCAUCAGGCUUACACCAACGUAACCCUCAAACUUGAGCCCGGAUCCGGCGGCGGCUGCGUCAUGUCGGGCCCCUUCUCCAACAUGACCGUCAACCUCCCCGUCGUUCAGAACACCGACACCCCCCUCGCUGCUGACCCGCGCUGCCUGCAGCGCGACCUAAACAAGCACGUCUCUUCUCGACACACCACGUUCCGGAACACAACGCUCCUUCUGACUGAGCACAAUACGCUUGAGUCGUUUUGGGGUUUCUUGAACGGCGAUGAUCGCUACAUCAACCCCCUUGAGCUAGGAGUUCAUGCUGCUGGUCACUGGCAGCUCGGAGGCGACUCUGGCAACAACUUCUUCAUCUCUCCGGCUGACCCUGCUUUCUUCUUGCACCACAGCCAGAUUGACCGCGUUUAUUGGAUCUGGCAGAUUCUCGACUGGGAGAACAGACAGGAUAUCUUUGGUACUGUCACGAUGCAGAAUGUUCCGCCGAGCCGCAACGGUACUUUGGACGACCUGGUUGAUCUUCGCCCUUUGGCCGAGCCAAGAAAGCUGAGGGACCUGAUGAGCACGGUUGGAAUUGGCGGCUCUCCUUUCUGCUAUGUCUACGAAGGGUAA